AUGUGCGUGCCGACGCGUGCAUUGCAGCACCCCUGCCCUCGGAAGUUGCACCACCCCAACGAGCGCUGCGGCUGUGCGGCCCGCCUCUCGCUGCUGGUGCCUCAUGGCCACUCCCGCUUAGCCGACUCUGGCUCCCUGCACGCUGCGCGACUUCAGAACCUGCGCUGGCGCUUGACAUCCGCGGCUCUUCUUGGGCGCUUCCAAUGCUCAGAGGGCUUGAGGAAGCUGCCUGAUUCCUUGCGGGCCUUGGCCGACGACCACAAGGGAGCGGCGGCCUGUAAGGCCCAACGGCCUCUGUCGCCGGAGCGCAAGCCGCGGCGGAGCCUCCGGGAGUCGCGGAGGACUCGCAUCUCGAGGGUGCCCAGCACGGAGUUCACCACGCCAGAGUCACCUGAGGUCAUCGAUUUGGACCCGCCCUCCACGGUCAAGACCAGGGUGCCGUGCGUCACCUUCAACGAGGAGCUCAACAGCGAGGUGCCAUUGAUUACUCCCACCGGGGCGAAAGCCAUGAAGCCGUUGAAAGCCAUCAGAGCCAUCAGCGCGGAGAAGGCGGUGGGGGCGAUCGCGGAGCCCUUCGAUAUCACCAGCAGGAAGGAGAUGCUUGCUCGGCGCAACCUGCGGGCUCUCACAGAAAACCACCGCGUGAUUCUGCAGCAGUGCCAGCACUGCUUCAGCUUCCUGAAGUCCCUGAGCCCCGCACAGCGGGCCCGCUGCUCGCUGCGCUAUGUGGGCGUUGGCCCUGUCAGCGCUCCUCGCUCGGAAAGCCCGCAGGAACAGACCGGAGAGGCCAAAGCGGCGCGGCGCGCGGGGAAGCAGAGCGACACGUGCGGACCCCACCCGCUGGCGACAUGCGUGAGGUCGAUGGUGUCCCGGCACAUCCUGGCGGAGCUAUGCAAGAGCCGUGCCUUGCGACAAGCCUGUCAGCUCUUGGAGACGGCGAAGCUGGGAACCGGGAGGCCUCGGAGCCAGGCGAUCGGCUUGAACUUGGUGCUUUCCGCCCUCAGUCAGGAAGCCCGUUGGCAAGAAGCACUGCACCUCCUGACCACCUGCCAGGCCGACGUGGUCAGCUUUACCUCGGUCAUCACUGCUUGCAGGGCGCGGUGGCAGACGGCUUUACGGCUCUUGGAAAGGAUGGGCCACCAGCGCAUCGCGGCAGAUGGGGUGGCGCAGAAUGCCGCCGGCAGCGCCUGCGAGCGCGCGAGCUCGUGGCCCCGGUGCAUCGCGCUGGCCAGUGACGGCGUGGGCGCCAGUGUGGCGGUGAGCGCCUGCGUCCGAGUCCGCGCCUGGCGCCCCGGCCUUGCGCUCCUACGGCGCAGCGCCGCGGUGGAUUCGGCGGCGGCCACGCCGCUGCUGCGGGCCUGGCGCCUGGGGGCCGAGCUGCUGUCCUGGCUCCGACAUGCCCGGGUUCGGCCAGAUGCACUCGCGCGGGAACGGUUUGGCCAUGCCUGCGCGGAGGAAACCUGCUGGCAGCUGGCACUACAUCUCCGGACUGGCCUGCAUGGCUACCCUCUGGCCGCGUGGCGUUCGGCCGCUGCCCUUGCGGCGGGCGGAAGCUCCCCGCUUUUUGCCAGCAAGGCCAUGAGCCUUUGCGCCAAAGCGCGGCAGUGGUCUCUUGCUGUCUCCCUGCUGGGCGGACGGCCAGUUGACACGGCCAUGUGUGCAGCGGCCAUGUCGCCGGAAUCAGCUGAAGGCCUUCUGCAGCUGCUACGCCAGCGAGGCUUGCGCCUGGGUGCUGCCUUCUGCACAGCCCUGGCCAGCGCCCGGAGCAGCGCCGGGUGGAGGGCCGCGGGGUCGCUGCUGACGCGGCUGGAGGCGUGGGCCGUGCUGCCCGGCACGAUCCUUUGGAACGUGAAGAUGGCGGACUGUGCCUGGCCGCGGGCCGCGGCCGUCUUCGAGCGGCUGCCGUCGGCCUCGCUGUCUGCGGACGAGGCCACCUGGAGCGGCCUCGCGGCGGCCUGCGGGAAGUCCGGGCUUUGGCACCUGGCCUCGCAGCUGCUGCGGCAGAUGCGGAAACUGAGCCUUGAGCGCAGCUAUGUGACGGCCGCCUGCGCAGCUUCUUGCGAGGACUGGCGCUGGGCGCUUUCCGCGGCCGGCGAGGCGACGGCGCCGGAGGCGGUGCUUGCAGCGCUGGCGAGGAGCAGCCGCUGGAGCCGGGCGUUGCAGGUCACUUCGAGGGAAGGCCCAUUGAGCGCAGGCCAUGCCUUGAACCAGAUUUGCCUGAACUCCCUGGUCUUUGCCUGCGGCUCCGCAGGUCGCUGGCAGCUGGCCACCAGCCUCAGUCCUUUGGACCAGGUGGGUGCCAGCGCGGCCAUCGGGGCGACCAACUGCCCCUGGCAGGCGCGGAAGCGCCCGGGCGGAAGUGGCGCAGUCAGCGCGGAGCUGGCCGCUUCGCCCAGAAACACGUUGGAGCGUCUUUUCUUUCAGCUUCUUCCGUUUGUGGGCCUGGUGGAGGAGCCCAAGGCCAGUCUGCUGGCUGGCAGCCUGGCCGAGCUGGCACUGACUCCGAGCUGCAGCAGCAGCUUUUUCAGCCCAUGGCCGGCGCUGCAGCGCGGGGCCCUUCUACUAGCACACCCGCAGCCGCAGCAGCCGGACUUGGAUUCGCAUUUCAGCUGGCGUCCUUGGCAGAUGCAACGGGGGCCUGCCAGUGUGCCGCAGCUUCAGCAGGCAGCUGCGUCCUGCCAGUCCUCCUGCGCAGCAGCGCAUCCUGCCAGUCCUCCUGCGCAGCAGCGCAUGGGCUAG